AUGUCUCGUCGUCCGGCUCGAAAGACCAAACAGCGGAAAAUCGUAGAAGAAGAUGAAGAAGAAAUGGAAAUUGACGAGCAGCCCUCUGCAUCGGCAGCUUCCGCACCUCAAGAAACCCCAAAAAUAAACCACGAGCAAGAUCUCGAGCCCAAAAUAAAUGGUGAAGUAAAAGAAGUUAAGAAUCACAUCAAUGAGGACGAUGAAACCGUUGUUUCUGAGGUAAUACACAUUUUUUUGUUAUGUUUGAUGUUUAGGCGAGCUUAUCGAAGAAUUUUCUUGAGCAUGAAAGAAGUUCUAAAAAUAUAGAUAUAUUUUAUUUGAUGUUCGUCUUCAAAUCGAUUCUUUUCAGAUACCUUUGAUCCUACUGAGGCCGUCAGAGAACCAGACAGUUGAUAGGUUAUUAUUCAACCACCCUAGGCCGGCUAGUUUAGAGAAUUGCACAGCAAAACAUAAAUCUAAAGUCAAACAUGUUGAAAUAACUUAUACCUCUAAGACUGAUGAUCGUUUCUCCGAUAAAAAGUAAGUUGGUGUCAUUAAUAAGUCCAAAGAAGACUUCAUCUUUGAUUUCCAAGCUGCUGAAUUUAUACUUUGACUAAUUUUGACGUCUUUUAGAAACGUUUUCGACGGGCAAUAUUUUGGUGAGUCCACAGCGUCCUCAAAUCAGUUAGAAACACAUGCCUGCGCUUUUUAUCAUGAUGGUAAGUGUAUUGCCUAACUUUUUAAAGGUUUUAAAUUUAGGAAAGAUGUAUUUGGUCCCGAUACAGAACACUUACGACAUGCAGAGGCGAGUCUUCAGCCAAAAGGAGCAAAAUGAAGUGGAGAAGGCGAAACUUGGUAGGCUUUUGUAUUUUUAUGUUUCAUUUUUAGGUUGAUAAAGGUGAAUGUGGUAUCCUGAAUAUUUUUUUGGUAAAAGCGUUUGAUAUACUUGUUUAAACAGGCUGGGAUUUCCGUAGAAUUUACCGGUUUACUAAUUUUCAUAUUAUCCAUGACCUUUAAUUGAAAAAUUUUCCUUUCAGACGACGAGAAAUUGGCUCAACUCAACGCUCCAUCCGUCGCAAAUCCAGUCCGCAUCCGCUUCGCCCGCCAGGAAACGGAAUGGCAGAAGAAACGCCGGGAACAAUCAUCCAAUUAUCGCCAACAACUUAUAGAUCAAGACCCCUGGAUUAAUCUCCAAGUCCGCAAAGAUCAGCCAGUCCUCGCGUUCUCGGAGCAAAUCCAAAAAGCCGAAACUUCGGAGCCCGCUCAGUUUGAAGAGGACAAAAUACCGGUACUUUAG